GAGAGGGGCUUUCGGGAUCGUGCACCUGUGCCUGCGCAAGGCCGACCAGAAGCUCGUCAUCCUCAAGCAGAUCCCCGUGGAGCAGAUGAGCAAGGACGAGCGCCUGGCAGCCCAGAACGAGUGCCAGGUCCUCAAGCUGCUCAGCCACCCCAACGUCAUCGAGUACUACGAGAACUUCCUGGAGGACAAGGCGCUCAUGAUCGCCAUGGAGUAUGCCCCAGGGGGCACGUUAGCAGAGUUUAUUCAUAAGCGCUGUAACUCCUUGCUGGAUGAGGAUACCAUCCUGCACUUCUUCGUGCAGAUUCUCCUGGCUCUUCACCACGUGCACACCAAGCAGAUUCUGCACCGCGACCUGAAGACUCAGAACAUCCUCUUGGACAAGCAUCGCAUGAUUGUCAAGAUUGGAGACUUUGGCAUCUCCAAAAUCUUGAGCAGCAAGAGCAAAGCCUACACGGUUGUGGGGACUCCAUGCUACAUCUCCCCAGAGCUCUGUGAAGGGAAGCCAUACAACCAGAAGAGCGAUAUCUGGGCUUUAGGCUGUGUGCUGUAUGAACUUGCCAGCCUCAAGAGGGCUUUUGAAGCCGCGAAUCUUCCUGCCCUAGUACUGAAGAUCAUGAGUGGAACGUUUGCCCCAAUAUCGGAUAGAUACAGCCCCGACCUGCGCCAGCUCAUCCUUAGCAUGCUAAACCUGGAUCCUUCCAAGCGACCCCAGCUGAAUGAAAUCAUGGCCCAGGCCAUCUGUAUUCGUCCCCUUCUGAACCUCUACACUGACGUGGGCAGUGUCAAAAUGAGAAGGCCUGAAAAGCCCUUGGCUCCAGUGCCGACAGUGACCCACAGCCGGACGGGGGGACGAGUGAGCAGUGCCAGGCCGAGGGCAGGUGUUCGUGGUGGCUCAGCCAGGACUGGAAUUCCUCCUCCUCUGUCUUCUAUCUACACCUGGGGGAGCGGGAUCACCACCCCGCUCCGCCUGCCCAUGCUUAACACUGAAGUGGUGCAGGUGUCUGCUGGCAGGACACAAAAGGCUGGGGUCACCAAAUCAGGGCGGCUCAUCAUGUGGGAGGCUCCCCCAGUGGGUGCUGCAGGAGGCCCGUCUCUCCCAGGAGCCACUGAGCAGCUUCAGCCUCAGUUUGUGUCCCGUUUUCUGGAGGGCCAGUCUGGAGUGACCAUCAAACACGUGUCUUGUGGUGACCUGUUCACAGCCUGCCUCACAGACAGGGGGAUAAUCAUGACUUUUGGCAGCGGCAGCAAUGGCUGUUUAGGGCAUGGAAACUUCACGGACGUAAGCCAGCCCAAGAUUGUGGAGGCCCUGCUGGGCUACGAGAUGGUGCAGGUGGCCUGUGGUGCAUCUCACGUCCUGGCAGUUUCCAACGAACGGGAAGUGUUUGCCUGGGGCAGGGGGGAUAAUGGUCGGCUGGGGCUGGGUACCCUUGAGUGCCAUAACUCCCCCCAGCAGGUAGCAGUCCCCCCAGAGCACGAGGCUCAGAGGGUCAUCUGUGGCAUCGAUUCCUCCAUGGUCCUCACAGUGAAGAACCAGAUUCUUGCUUGUGGGAGCAACAGAUGUAACAAGUUGGGCCUAGAUCGGGUCACCUCAGCAGAGGAGCCUUCCCCAGAGGACCAGGUGGAAGAAGCCACCGUGUUCACGUGCGCCCAGUCAGCCCCCUUGAACCAAGAGCCAAUCGUGUGCGCUGAUAUUGGUACGGCACACUCAGCUGCCGUCACAGCUUCUGGCCAGUGUUACACCUUCGGGAGCAACCAGCACGGGCAGCUGGGCACCAGCUCCUGCCAGAACAGCCGCGUGCCCCACCUGGUUGUGGGGCUCCAAGCUAUGAAGGUCACUGUGGUGGCUUGUGGGGAUGCCUUCACUGUGGCCAUUGGAGCAGACGGCGAGGUGUGCACAUGGGGGAAAGGAGCCAGGGGACGCUUGGGCAGGAAGGAUGAAGAAACUGGGAUGCCGCGGCCUGUACAACUGGAGGAGACACAUCCAUACGUGGUGACCUCUGUAGCCUGCUGCCAUGGGAAUACACUGCUGGCAGUAAAGCCUGCCAUGGAAGAGUCACCUUCCCAGUGAGUCUGAUUGGAGAGGGGCUAUAUCCAGCCUUGCCAUAUAGAUGCAGAGGCUUCCCCAACCUCACUGCUGCUCGCUAAGGCCUGGCUCAGACCCGCGCCCCGGGACUCGAGAGCUUCUCAGCUGCGCUUAGAAGGCAGCGGCCAGGCAAAACCAGGGAGUUUGUAACGACGGUUCCCUCAGAACCAGAGUUGAUCUCGCUUGCUGAAUCGCUGAGGAUUGUUGCCCGGGAGAACCUGAAGCGUCAGAGAAGUGCUGCCCAGGACACAUUGUGGGACAGGCGUCCCUGUAGCUC